AUGGCGGCUUCCAGCGAUACCACCAACCCCAUGGACGAAGGACUGCAGGAUUUGGGGGUGCCAGUGCCGGUACAAACCUUUCUCUGGCAACAGAUUGCUCCCUUCAUUCGUCCGAAAUUGGGAAAACUUCACGAAGCCAGCUGCAUGUAUUGUCAACACGCACCUGGACAUCAUGAAUUGAAAGAAGCUUGCAAGUCUUUUGAAAAGACGCUUGUUCAGAACAUGUUCUACGGCCUCUCACCAUCUCUCGAUUCUGCCCUUAAGUCCAUCGCUCGAUGGAGAUUGGUUCAGGCGGCGUUACCACAUGUCAUGCACUGUGCUGGUGCCCUGAUGCACAACCGCGUGAAGGACUUGCAGGCACUGGGUGCAGCUGAAACCAAAAUUCUCUACACACUACACUGGAUUUUGCUGUUCGCCGCAGAAGAGUGCGCUGAUGAUGAUAUGGAAGCCAACAAAGAGGUCAAAAAACAGCAGAACUACUUGUUCUCCAUACCUACUAUAUCGCUUUUUGUUUACCUGUUCGCACCAAUUGCCCACAUGCUGAAAGAAUCAGACUUCCAAAAUAUUCGCCUUGAAAAUGGUCUCAAAAUGUGGCAAGGCAUGUGGGAGUAUCGUGCGCCAAACGCGCCCUGCUUUGUUGCACCAGUUAAGCCAAAAGCUCGGAACUUUCUAAAUUCAGUCAGCACCACUCCCUCUGUGGAAGUGUUUUCUCCUAAAAAACCAGAAGGUAUGCAUCACGGCAUUGAUUCACCGCCCAGCAUUUCGUUCUCGGAAACUCCUAAGCAUGACGAUGAAAUGUCUUACGUUUCCUCGCCCAAGGAUUCCGUAUUUCCGGAAACAAUUCCGGAGGAGGCAUCUAGUGUCGAGGAAGAACGUGUCGUAAUAUUUCAACUACCGAUGGGGGUCAAUACAACUGAUCCCUCCUUCUAUACAGCUGACGCUAGCCUGCUGCAUCAAUCGACAAGCCUGAGGGGAGCAAAACCGCUAGCCCAACUAAACAGAGAACGGCCCGAAAAAAUAGCGACAAAAUUUGAUUUUGACCGAAUUGAAACAUUAAGUAGAGGUGACGACUCCAAGCCCAAGACAAGUUCCUCGACUGAACGAGAGUCCCUGGAAACUGAUCCUAAGUCCCCUCAGUGCACCAAAGGUGAUGUCGCCGCCGCCACUUUUCUGGACGUUGCCGUGUUGCGCUGCUUGUUUAUAUCACACUGGCAGGAAGAUGGAGUGUACUGGAGUUUGCAUUAUCUGAAUAAUAGAUUGCGCGAUAUCAGCGAAGAGACAUCAAUACCACCUUCGCAGCCAAGGCGACGUUCAAACUCACUGCCGAUUCCACAAAUAGAAAUUUCCUUGUACCAAGGUCCAACCAGCAGCAAUCGGGACAGUCCCAGCAUGGGUUCUAUCAACAAAGACUACAUUGAGGUACCAGAGCCACCAAUCAGUGCAUUACUUAUUGAUUCACCUUAUCAUGCGCCAAAAUCACAGAGUGACGAUCAGAGCACACCGACGGCCGAACGAAAGGGAAGUGAAAAAAAGCGCCGCGUUAAAAUGGCCGACUUGAGAACAUUGAUCGAGACACGCAUUCUAUCGAAAUCCGAUCGAGGAUUGGAGAAAAUCGGACUUGAGGUUGGCAAUGGAAAACGUCUACAGCAUCUGGAGUGCCACAGAAGUCUGGACACUGGAGAAAAACAUCUGUCUAGAUCUGCUUCCAUGAUAUCCCGAACACCAUCAACUAAUCUUGUAAAAGGAAAAAGCAUGCCAAGUCUUAGCUGUCUUCUAGAUAGCGGAUUUCACAGGUACGUAGAGCCCCCGAGGGUGAUAAAGAAUCCGCCGCCGCCACCGCCGCCUGUGAAUCCGAAAGCGCCCCAGCCAGUGCCGCGGUAUCCCAUCAUUACCGUGACCGAGCAUACGCCUACCCCGUCGCCAGAUUAUCUCAAACGACAGGGUUCGAUAGACAGUCAGCUGGAUGCCUUGAGUAUUGGAGGAAGCACAGGUAUAUUCAAAAGUCAGAUGCUUCGAUCCCACACGGACUCACAUAUUGGAUACAAUAGUGGAGCCGACGAAACCGAAGCUCCCGGAUCCAGUUUCUACAUAACCAAGGAGGGCAGCAUCGACUAUGAAAUAGUUCUUCUAGCAGUGCACUGCGUGUUUAAACGCGAUUCUAACAUUUGCACCCUGCGGGUGUUGGAAACAGGAUUGAAUAUCUGUGAACUGUUGCUGGACCUGGGUGUGCUGAAACUGGGGGAACACGCUCACACACUGUCUAUGGGAAUCGUGAAACGAGCAUUGCUACACCUCGGUUGUCCCCACGGUUGCAAUGAUGGUAAUCGUGUGCCACCUGCGGAAGUGUUACGCACUGCUUGUCAUUCCAUACUGUCUCGUCUGUUGCGGCAAGCCUCUAAGCUGUCCAAGGCUUAUCUGAGAAAUAUGAUAAGAACAACGCAGCUGCAUGAGCUGAUUGAAUUCUUCCACGCUUUUGUUGGAUUUUGUGUCGAUCCUAGCUCAUUACUGUCACCUCUUAACCUUAAGAGACCAUCUGCCAUAAAAUCGUUGACCCCUGACUUUGGCGGUAUAUCAGGCGGCCAGGGUGGAUACGCGACCAACUUUGGUAGCGGCCUUAGCGGAGGUGCCGAGAGUCAGGUUGUUGCGGCGGUCUUCAAAACCCUGGUUAGUCGGUUCGUGGAUGCCCUGAAAGAUCUCAAGGGACAGGAGAACGUCGCUCUAUACUGCGACGUUCGUCAAUUGGUGACGUACGUCAAAGGCGCUCACGGAGGACCAUUCCGGAGGGUGGCUCUGAGCGGAAUACUGGCCGUUACGCCACGACCACACAAGCAAGCUCCCAACAUGCAGACAACUCGAGUCAUCAGGCAUAUCCCAGCAAAUGACAUUCAAUCAUAUCAACAGGACGAAAAGAAUCAACGAAAACUGUUAUUUAAGAAGAAAAGCACAUCGUCCACGUGUGCCUUUGUACCACUGUUAUUACAGAGCCUAUUGGAGACAGAGGGCUUAGAGGAACAUUGUCGCGUUAGCCAGAGUCCGCUAAGUAAUAUUCGUCGAAAAGGGGCUCCAGCUAGACCCACCCUGACGCCGAGGCAUAGUGAAAGAGCCUUGCUCUCGGAUUCAACUUCAAGUUCCGAGCGCAACUCCGUGGGACGACUCAGUGGCAUUGUUCGUUGGUUCCGGGGUUCAAAAGACAGAGAAUCCAUCGAUUUGGAGUCGGGUGCAAUGGGUAGUUCGGAAAUUACGACUUCCUUCAUGCGGAAAGGAUCAUUAAAUUUUCAAGCGCGAACCCGUGCUACUGAAGGAAUUGGACGCUCGAUCCAACGGGCUCGAAGACGCGUCGAACGUCGACUGAAUCGUUUUGGAAUUGGCAAAGGCAAAAAGAAGAUGGGUGGAACGGAGGACGUCUCCGGAAGUUAUUUUAGUCGUCGCAGUUCCUUUGAUACAGCCGAAGGUCCACGUGAAUCGGAGGUGGUUGUUCUGAAAGAACGACGGCUAAUCCCCUUGGAUCCGGUUCGCGACGGGAUGGCAAGAUUCUCGUUUCUACUGGAAACAUGUGCCCCAGGAUCGAUUCCCGAUCCACCACUUAUUGCUGCUCUGCUUGAUUUGCCUCAAGCUCCAAUCGUUGCUCGUGCUGCUCUACUCAUGGAGUGCGCUCAUUUUGUUCAUUUAUGCAACCGAGGCCAAUGGCCCAGCUGGAUGAAGCAGAACAUCCCGUCAUUUAGACCAUCCGGACCUGCGCUAGGAAAUCGUACUUCUUUAGCAGCUGGUGUUAGGCGAAUCCAUAUAUUACAACGCGCCGCAGGAAAGAUGUUCCAUCAGUGGGGAGAAGCAUUAGGAUUUCGGCUAGACGACAUGUUAAACAACGAAAAAAAGACAUUUGAUCAAGUUUCUGCCAGUUUAUCGGAUCCCGAGAAACAAAAACAACUAUUACAACAGGAUGAAGAGGAAGAUUUCCUCGAUGAAAUGAGCGUGAAUCCACUCGGCAACGACUGUCCACCAGCAUUAAAGCUGGUUGCGUGUAUUUUACUGAUGGAGAUUACAGGUUUCCUGAGAGAAACUUACCAAACAUUACCGAAAACGUCCAGGCUGUCAACCAAAGAGAAGCAAGGCCCAUGGGAUAAAGUGUGUCGUGAAACAAAUCGCCGCUGGUCGAUGGCCUUAAGCUCCAUGGGACACUCGCAAACUUCUGCCCAAAGUCUGCAGUCGAUCGCUGGUCAAGCCGAACGCAAGAUAUCGUUCGUUCUUCAGGAGCCGGACAAUGAGUCCGAAGGUAGUAGCAACACAACAUUAACAAUACAAGGCGAGGAAGUCGUACAACAAGCCCAAAAGCGAUCCAUCACCACUACGAGAAACUUCCUUUUAAGACGUGGAACAUCCACAACUCCCGCUGGUGGCUCUUUCAAACGCAGGUCGUUAAAACUGAGACGUGGUGCCAAGGAUUUGAAGGAUAAUGAUGACUAUCCCGUUCGGCGGACAGACUCCAUACAAUCACGCCGAAAGGUGUCCUCUCUAUCGGACCGCAGUGACAAUUCUGAGCCGGGUCAAGUCAGCGGCGGUGAGGAAUCGCCGGGUAUUUUGAGUGAUGAUCAGCCGCCGGAAUCACCUUGCGAUUCAAACGAUUCGGACGAAACUGCAAAAAAUCUUCCCUGGUUACGUUCUAUUACUGCGUUUUUGAACUCGUUUAAUUACUACUGUGACCAUCAGAACUUCUGUCAUCCGUAUUGCUACCGAAGGCACAUGCGAGGAGCUACUCGAUUAGUGAAAGCAGUUAGGAAGAUUUACGGGGAGGAAUUCGGUUUACUACCAAUGGCGUUCACCAACAUGGCUGAUUCCGGCAAAAACAGUACACGCCGAGACCGUCCAAAGCAAGGCCGCAAAGUCUCCGAUCAAAGUUCCUCGCUAACAUCGCCUUCGCGAAGAAAAGAUAGUAUUACAAAACGAGACAGAAUAAUUCAAGACGAUUCUGAACCCAAUACUUCACAGUACUCUCAACGAAUGGACGAAAAUAAGAAAUCACAAGAGCCACCGUUAAUUUUGAAAUAUCUGAAAAACCAUGUUCGUGACAUGUUUCAUGUUCCGAUUUGCACUCUUGUCAAGGGUGCCGCGGUUCUAACAGAGGAACAAUUCGUGGAGAUUACUCCCGUAGCUUGGGAACUUCUGCUCGAAUCAAAUCAGGAAGUAUCCGCUGCAUCGGCAGCCCUGUUCAUAUUGGCUUCAGUCAAAGCACCAACCACGGCGUCAGAGCUAAUGCAACGUGCAUUGAAGCAUAAAAACCCCAACAUUAGAAUUGAGGCAAUGCUGCGUUACCAGGUACUGUGGAAAAAUCGUUUUCAGGUGUGGCCUAGAAUGGAGGAGGGAGCUCAUUUGUCCUUCAAAGUGCCACCUCCUGGAAUAGAAUUUACUCUUCCUUCCCCCAAAAUUGGCAUAGAAAGCUUGCCAGUCGUUGACCCUCCCUGGAGUCCACGACAGCAGAAUAAGGAUAUGGAAGUAACUCUUAAUCAGGAGAGACAUCGGUCUUUGGUAACAGCAACUAAGACGCGCAAAAAACAGCAAACCGAAGCCAUCCGCCAUGCUAUUCAACAGCAGGAAGAUAAACAACGUUCAGAAAGGCAGAGUUUUCUGAUAACGACAAUUCCCCUUACACAGCAGGCAGCAUACGAGCCAGGCCUCGAUCACGGCCCUGGCGAGGAUCAUAUCGAAGAGGAAGAGGAUGGUGCCCGAUCUGCGAUUCACAUGCACGCCGCCCACUCUGUCUUCCCCUCCUGCUUGUGUUCCUCGGUAAUGCAAAUCGUUGCCUGUCUCGAUGAUGCCGCUGUGAAUGCAGACGGCUGCUCGGUUUAUGAGACGGCGUAUCAGGUAAUCUGGGUUUGUUUGGUGGAAGACUCCGCUCUCUUUCUGCGCUACGUUCUGGAACGGCUGACCAGGGAUCAUCAGGACCAAAUGUUUAAACUGCUGAGACAUUUAAUCAGAUUCGUGCCUAGGCUACCGCAGCAAGCAGCAUUUGCGCUGUACAACUACAUCAUCGGAUAUGUUAUGUUCUAUGUACGAUCCACGCACGAAUGCAGCCAACAGUUGGUAGGUUCGGCUCUCUCUGUACUCUGGAUGAUAGUUCACAGUGUGCACGGAAUCAUGUUCAAAGAUCUGAAGCAAAUCCUGCGGAAGGAGCAAUGUGAUGCGUCGAUUCUACUGACAGCGAAUGUUCCGUCAGCUAAAAAAAUCGUCGUUCACGGACCAGAAGAUGAAGGCGGAAUUCCAUCCCAGUUUCCUGUUCAAGAGGAUACCCAAUUUACACAACUACUGACAGAGUCACUGGACUUUUUUGGAAUCGACGAGAAAAAGUUCAACCAGUUCCAAUUGGUAGAUUACAAAACCCACCAGAUACUGAAUCCUAACUGGUAUGUGAGAGAUUUGUAUUUCUUCAAACGAUCGCAAUAUCCACAGUUGCGGUUGCUAGAAAUGAAGCCCGAAGAAGCAUUUAAUGCCCUGCAAAGGCAAGAGUUGUAUAAAAAGUUUGUCGAAAUAGGAAAAGUUCAUCUCACUUGGGCGAUUUUAAAGAAUGUCGAUAUGGUGGUGCAGCGUGUGGUAUUUUUGCACGAAGAACUGAUGAAACUCCCUUCGUUCCCGCGGAAAGCUUUAGAAGUUGAUUUAGACUUGCAUGAUGGCGGCGAGCUCGGCAAAGAACUUUUGGGUCUGGAUGUUCUACAUAAGUUUAUGUGGGUACGUUUGAUUGCACGAAUGUUUGAAGCAAUGGCUGGAAACUUUGCGUAUUCGGCGGAUAUCCAGUUGUUUUUGAACGUGCUCUCAGGAGCUGCCUUGCUACAUUCGGAAGAUUCUUGCAUAAUGCGCUACGUAACGGCGACCUUCAUCAAUGCAGCAUUUAAUUUCAAAAAUAUUUUUUCCACCAAUGGAUAUUUCAUGAUAAUGCCAACCCUUCUGCAAGUUUAUUCUUUACAUCAAACUAACAAACUAGUCACAACGACUAUUGAAUAUGCGGUAAAACAGUUUUAUUUACUGAAUCGAAAACCAUUCAUUCUGCAGAUGUUUGGAUCAGUUUCUGCCAUUUUAGACACUGAUGAAGACGGUGCCUAUGGAGAAGCACAUAAAGUGCAAUCAAGUUGUUUGUUUAAUCUGCUGCUUAGUUUAGAAACUCCCUCACCUGAUCCGCUUAAUAUUGCGGAGCUGGUUAAGGAAUCCAAACCGCUAAAAGCCAUUGACUUUUGUUACCACGAUGAAGAUGAAAUGGUAACUGUUUUGGACUGCAUUACUCUGUGUGUCAUGGUGGUCUCAUAUUCCGCGGAAAGUACUAGAGGUUAUCAGAUGCUGAUAAUUUUAGAAGCUAUUCUACCGUGUUACAUGCAGCAGAUUCAAUCUCCAAGUUAUGUUCCUUUAGAAGGAAAAUGUGAGCGUGACAUCAUAUUGCAAUUAGCAGUUGCAAUAAGAACCAUGGUUCACAAUUGCGAAGGUCUUUCAAAGAGUUAUAAUGGACCCUUCCGGAACAGCCCAGAGCACAAGGGUUCCAGCCAGAGAAACUGUUCUCGUGGUCCUCCCUGCUCUCCAGGCCUGGAUUUCGAUGAAGAAUCGCAUUCGAAGUACGUCAGUGAUGUGGGUCGGACGAAGAUUAUAAACGAAUCCGUUGAAGAUUCAGAAACUAUCCGCGCUGAGUUUCGGCGGCCACGCGACGUAUUGCUGUCCGUAGUUGGAGAAUUCAUAACAAGAGCAUCAACUCGUUUGAAUGAACUCGCUCGAAAACAGGGAGAAGGAAAACCGGUGGAGCUUUUGGAUGUCAAGUGUCACGUUCGCUUGGCAGAAAUUGCCCACUCCUUGCUGAAAGUGUCACCCUACGAUCCGGAAUCGAUGGCCUGUCGCGGACUGCAACGAUACAUGCAGUAUCUUUUCCCCAGAGCGGAGUGGGCUGAUGACCACGGUAUGAAACCUGCACUGGUGACCAUUUUGCGACGGUUGGAUAAAGUAUUCUUAAAGAUAUCCAAGAAAACUUCAAUUCGGCGCAAUACUGACUGGGAAGCAGCUGCCGGCCUUCUUAAAGGAGUGUACGAAGCAAUUGUCCGUUAUCCGCACGUACUGCAUUGGCGUGAAAUGAAGGCUCUGCUUACAACAGUUCAAAAUUUGAUAGUAAACGAACCGGGUAACUUUCUAGAAGGUGUAUCAAGUGCUGGAGCUGCGCUUAUGUCGAAAAGUCCGCCUCCAUUUUUCUGCUCCCAGGUGGUACGCUUAGUUGCACUACAAGUUGUUAGUCCUGCAGACUCAUUGUCGCUAGGUUUGGAACAAAUCUGUGGAGGAAGCGUUGAAUUUCCUACUCAAGAGAAGGCCGAAAGGUUUAUGAUGCACCUGUUGAUGCCUCUGUGUCUCAAAGUGUGCAGUGGUCGAAGCAUUUCCGACAUAGGAGAACUAAAGCAAUCAGACGUAUCGUUCCUUGUUACCGCUGUGCUGAAUGCGAUGAGUCCUGUGGCCGGGAGAACCACUCAAUCUGGUGUCCAAAGUAAUCGUACUGGCGCAGAUAUUAGAGCCGGAUCGUUAACUUUCACUGGAAGUCGCGAUGCAAAAAGACCCGCUAAAAUAUCAACCUCGCUCUAUCAAGCUACCUUUUUGGCGCUGCGUGUGCUUUGCAUUUGCUUCGAAUCCAGAAUGGCUAACGAAUGGCCUCGAAUCGUGCGAGUCAUGCGGGACUUGGGACGACGCAAUGAGGCUGCUCCUGAGCUUUGGAGUUUUCUAGAAUUUGUUGUCACCCAAAGAACACCACUUUACAUCAUACUCAUGCCGUUCAUUCUGCACAAGAUAUCACAACCACCAAUUGGAGAUCACGAAAGACAUAUGCAGUUUUUAAUACGAGAGCGAAUGCGUGGAAUGUCACCACCAGGAGGUGUUAAGUCAAAAGGUGCUAUCUUACUGGAGCUUGCUAGAGAAAUAAGAGAUUUGCGAGAAGAAUUGGAGGAGAAACGAUAUGAUCGAGAUCCCCCACCGGCAGAGUCAGCGAGAAGAGAAGUUCCGAACGUAUCUCUAGCGCAGGAGCCAUCAAAACAUCAGCAACGACCAUCUCUUAUUUCCAUGUUCACAGGAGGUCCACAAGCUCCUAGCUUUUCAUCCUAUCAACAAGAUUCGAGAAGUGGAACCGGAGUUUGCACACCUAGUGAUACUCUUUCCCAGCAAACCCUUCACGCUCCUAGGGGCGAGUCAUUAUCGAGUUCUACAACAACGACAAAUAAGGAAAUUUUGAUGGCUGACAGCCAAAGUGGUGAUGGAAUAACACUCACACCUGGAAUUGUUCCAGAAGGAUCAAUCAUACGACAGGGUCCUUUGUCGAGUAUUUUGGCAGAAAGCGGAAAUUAUCCACAUCUGACACACUCAAUCUCGAUGCAAACUUCCAGUAAGGUGCAACCUCCAAAAUUACGCUUCGUAUCAUCGGUAGAAUUCAAAACAUCAUCUGGCGAAACGUCGACCACUCCUCUCUCUCCAGACAGUUUAGCAGAUGAUAGCUCAGGCGAAAAUCAGAAGCAUCGCCUGCAGCGCUCGAGAGCUCAAAGCAGAAAGACUUUCCGCUGUCGACGAGGCACGACCCGUACCAAUAAUCACAAUAUUGAAUCGCAUCCUCCACCCACAGCAACCGCAGUGGUUGGAGCUGGUCUGUCACAUCCCGCCCCUGGCGAACCGCAUGAAUUUAUCAACAAAAAUAUUACAGCCAUCGGGGAUCUCUCCUGGGACUCCGUUUCACAAACGUCGUCCACCUCUGGAUACCGUGACAAUUACAGUCUGCAAACAGGGUUACUCUCACCGGAUGGCUCCCUAACCGGGGCUGCCCUGGGAGGCCGUUCGUCCUCGCAGCACUCGCUGCUGAUGCUUUUUGAAACACAGGACGAAGAUACGUUGAUUUAA